AUGAAUAAGUAUGAAAUCUAAGGUGUAGUAGGUGAAGGAGCUUAUGGAAUAGUACUAAAAUGCAAAAAUAAGGAGACUAAUGAAUGGGGUUAGUAUUUUUUAGUAUUUCUUACAGUGGCUAUAAAAAAAUUCAAAGAAACAGAGGAUGAUGAAGCAGUAAAGAAGAGUAUUCAAAGAGAGGUGAAAAUGUUACGAAUGUUAAAGCAUCCAAAUAUUAUUUAAUUGAAGGAAGCGUUUAAGAAGAAAGGCAAAAUAUUUCUAGUAUUUCAAUUCGUUGAUAGAAACUUAUUAGAAUUAUUAGAAGAGAGAAGAACUCUAGAUGUAUAAUAAUAGUAGUAAAAUAGUAAGAAAGCAUAAAAAGAGUGAUAUUUUAAUUGGUUCUUGCUUUACAUGCAUGUCAUUCUGUAGGAAUUGCACAUAGAGAUAUAAAACCUGAAAAUUUACUGAUUGAUAAUGAAUUAAAUUUAAAGUUAUGUGAUUUUGGCUUUGCAAGAGUAAAUAUAAUUAAUAUAAUUAGACAAUAUAAAAUACAGAAUAAUUGACUGAUUAUGUGGCUACAAGAUGGUACAGAUCUCCUGAAUUACUCAUAUCCAAUAAUUAUGGAAAGUAAGUGGAUAUUUGGGCUAUUGGUUGUAUUAUGGGAGAAUUAAUAGAUGGUUAACCAUUAUUUCCAGGUGAAAAUGAGAUGGAUUAAUUAUAUCUUAUAUAGAAAAUAAUAGGACCAUUGACCUAAGAACAGUUAGAGAAAUUUUAGAAGAAUUAAAGAUAUAUAGGAAUGAAGUUUCCAGAAAUUGUUAAAUUAGAAACUAUUGAAAAGAGAUAUUCAGGUAAGAUGUGUAAUAAAGGUCUCAAUUUCUUAAAGAUGUGCUUGAUUAUGGAUCCACAUAAAAGAAUGACUUCUUUAGAUUGUUUAGAACAUCCUUAUCUUUCUGAUCUAUGGAAUAAAGAAAAUGUUAUUAGACCUAAAAGUAAUUUUUAGAGGAGAAUUAGUUGUGAAAGAGAUGACUCUAAACUUAGCAUCAAUAAUCAAUUUGAUUUUUAUGAACAAAAACCAAUAAAGAUAUAAGAGAAAGCCAUACCUUAAAUAAUUCAAAAUUAAUCAUUUGUUUAAAAAUAAUUGUACAAUUACAAAAUGGGAGAUGAAACUACUGAAACUAUUAAAGAAGUUGAAGAUACCAAAUCAUAAAUGCAUAAAACAUUCAAUCAAUCAUUUAAAAUUUAAUUUAAUGAUACUCUUCCAUAAAGUAGAUUAGGCUCUGAAUAAGACAAAAGGAUUAAUAGAGUCGUUGGUUUACCAGGCCUGAAAGAAGAUCCUAAACAAUAAUAGUUUUAAUAAAAAUAAUAGUAGUAAUAGACUAAUCUAAAUAAAUCUACUAAUAAGAGAAUUUCCGUAUAAUAACCAUCUUUCUAUGUUUAGGUAUUAAUAUUUAUAAACUCUUCAGGGAUAAUAUAAUUUAUAACCUUAAAAGCUUAAUCUAGUGUAUAAUUCUAAUACUUACAAUUAUUCAAUUAAGAAAUCGUAUAUCUCAAAAAAAUGA